AUGACGUCGUCGCUCUCGCCUUUGUUAUCAAGUAUCGAAGAGCCUGUGCAAUCAAGUAUCCAAGUCACGGUGAACGAGCCAAUCAAACAGGGCGAGGGCCUGAACGCCUACAUUUCGUACAAAAUCAGUACAUGCACCAGUCGCCCCCAGUUCGCCAAGAGCUCGUUUACCGUUGUCAGACGGUACAGUGAUUUUAUCUGGAUCCACGGACAUUUAAGCGCGCUGUAUCCCGGAAUUGUCGUCCCCCCGCUUCCGGAAAAACUGCUGGUCGGGAGGUUUUCUCCGGAGUUCAUUGAGGGCAGACGGCGCGCUCUGCAGUUGUUCCUCCAGCGCUGCUGUCUCCACCCGGAGCUGCAGCACAGCGAGCACCUGACAACGUUCCUCGAAGCAAGUGAAGAGCAGCUCCAGACGUUCCGGAGAGAUCCGCGGCAUGCAGCGCCGAACGCCCAGCGGGGCGCGCUAUUCCAGUGGCUGGACGAGACCGUGAGUACGCUCUCGUCGACGUGGAUCCCGUCGGUGAUUCCGCUGCCCAAGACACCAGCAGAUGUGGAAGUGGAGAACAUGAUGGCGUACGUUGAAGGCUUGGAGCCCAUCAUGGCGGGGCUGCAUAAACACGCGCACGGACUGACGAAACGAGCAAGAGAGAUUGCCGAUGGACUGUUUGAAUUUGGUGUCUCGUUUACGUUAUUGGGCAAGUCGGAGGAAAACCCGUCGUUGCAGGAAGGAUUGAGUCACAUCGGACAGUGUUCUGAUCGGCUCUCGAACUUAGCAGCGGAACAUGCUGAGCGUGAGGCACUGCACUUUGAGGAGCCAAUUUUUGACUAUAUUCGGCUAGUUGGGGCAGUGAAGGCUGCGCUGCAGAAACGACAUGAAGUGCGGGUUGCUUAUGGCACUGCAGUGGCUGACCUUGAAGCGAAAGAAGCUGCGUUGGCGAAGCUGCGCAAGCACGCUCGAGGAGCCUCGGUGGAGGGAGAAGCUUCAGCUGGCGGAGAGUGA